CCCACAUUCUAUGGGUCACGAUGGAGAAACUUCCAGUCCCAGUCAAUGAACCCAGCAUCAUAAAUAAUCAGGAUGCAGGAACCAUCCGUGAAAUUGUUUAUAAAUUCGUGCCAAGCCGGUAUGGAGUGCCAAUGGAUGACACCUCCAUUUUGUUCUGCCUCCCUAAUCGUAGUCAGCAAGCAAGAUGGUCCGCCUCUCCGCCGCGGUUCUCACCGCAGUGCUGCACAUGACCUCGGCAGCCUCAGGAACCAAAUCAACCCAUCCAGCAAAAACGUACGCAGAAUGCCAACGCCGAACCUAUAAGCCCCUCUCCGGCUGCCCAUCUGGCACACUCUUUGUGAGCCAAAGCAGCUUCGCCGCGAACUUCACCUCGAUCCAAUCCGCUAUUGCCUCCCUCCCCAACGAUAACUCAUCGCACACCAUCCUCAUCGCUCCAGGGAACUAUACUGAGCAACUCAACGUGACCCGUCCGGGUCCCCUAACCCUCCUAGGCCAAAGCGAUGACCCCUACCGUGGUAUCUCCUACGGUGCUUCAGUGUCCUCCGACACGGACCGCAGAAAUGGAGUCCAAGUCCUUUGGGCAGCCGCCAACACCGACUCCACUGGCCAGCUCAUGGACAACGCCAACACGAGCGUUUUGACGGUGGCCCCAACCUGGAACGCCUCUUUAACGGGGUCAGGGCCAACGGGUUUCCCAGUCCCAGCCGAUACCCCCUUUGGCAGCAGUGACUUCCGCGCGUAUAAUAUCGAUUUCCGGAAUGUGUACUCGUUGCAAGCGGCUGGGCCGGCGUUGGCGGUCAACGUGGCGUACGCGAAUGCCGGGUUUUACGGGUGCGGGUUCUACUCAUACCAGGAUACUGUAUACAUCGGUAAACUGGGGAACGCGUACUUUUAUGAUAAUGUAGUUGCCGGGCAGACAGAUUUCCUGUAUGGAUUUGGGACGGCGUGGUUGGAACGCUCGACGUUGGCGUUGAGGAAUUGUGGGGGUGGAAUCACAGCUUGGAAGGCAGGUACGAACACCACUUUCAUCAAUAAGUACGGUGUUUAUAUUUCCGACUCGCGUAUUAUCGCAGCCAAUGCCAGUAUUGCGGCCACCAUCGCGGGGAAGUGUGCAUUGGGUCGCCCAUGGAAUUCGCUACACCGCAGCAUUUUCAUGGAAUCCUAUCUGGACGGGAGCACCCUACCGGCGGGAUACAUCAAAUGGGGCGGCACUGAUCCUCGGUACAGCAACAACUUGACCCUCAUGGCCGUCUACAAUGACUACGGUCCCGGAUAUAAUGUAUCUGCCAUGAAGGCGAGCAAUGUGACGGUCGUGCUAAAUGACGCUGGAGUGGUGCAAUAUCAGUCCCCGGCUGACGUACUAAGCAACCCGGAUGGUUCUAUUACUAAUGUGAGUUGGAUUGACGCUACUGGAUUGUUCUAUUAG